AUGUUGUCUCGAUUCGCAACCACAUCUACUUCGGUUUUCUCUCGACUCAACAGUUCGCGACAUGCCCUGAAUUUGAGCCGUGGUCUCGCCGCCAACUUUGACCGAACCAAACCCCACGUCAACAUUGGAACCAUUGGUCAUGUCGAUCACGGAAAGACGACCUUGACCCAAGCUAUCACUAAGGUUUUGAGUGAGAAGGGAUGGUCUAAAUCCAUGACUUACGAAGAUAUUGAUCGUGCCCCAGAAGAGAAGGCUCGUAAGAUUACCAUCAACACGUCCCACAUUGAAUACGAGACUGCAAACCGUCACUACGGACACAUUGAUUGUCCAGGCCACGCUGAUUACGUCAAGAACAUGAUUACAGGAGCUGCACAAAUGGACGGCGGCAUCUUGGUUGUUGCCGCUACUGACGGACCCAUGCCUCAAACCCGUGAGCACAUCUUGUUGGCCAAGCAAGUCGGAAUCCCCAACUUGGUUGUUUUCAUGAACAAGUGUGAUUUGGUCGAUGACGAAGAGUUGCUUGAACUCGUUGAGAUGGAAGUUCGUGAAUUGCUGAGCGAAUACGGAUACGAUGGAGACGAAAUUCCAAUCAUCCGUGGAUCUGCCUUGGCCGCCGCCGAAGGAAAGAACCCUGAAAUGGGAGCUGACAGAAUCUUGGAGCUCAUGGACACUGUUGAUGCAACCAUCCCAGAACCUGAACGUGACAUGGACAAGGACUUCUUGAUGAGCAUCGAAGAUACUUUCAGUAUUGCUGGACGUGGUACCGUCGUUACUGGACGUGUUGAGCAAGGUGUUGUCAACGUUGGAGAUGAAUUGGAUGUUGUUGGUUUCGAUAUGGACGCCAAGACUACUUGUACUGGAGUUGAGAUGUUCCGCAAGCUUCUGGACAAGGGUAUGGCUGGAGACAAUAUCGGGGCUUUGCUCCGUGGAUUGAAGAGAGACGACGUCCGACGUGGUCAAGUUUUGGCCAAGCCUGGAUCUAUUGUCACCGGAACGAAGUUUGAAGCUGAAAUUUAUGCCCUCACAAAGGAAGAAGGUGGUCGCCACAAGCCAUUCAUGUCCAACUACCGCCCUCAAUUUUUCCUUCGAACAGCCGAUGUCACUGGAGCCUUGCACCUCAAGGCCGGAACAGAGAUGGUGAUGCCGGGAGACAACACAACCGUCGAUGUUGAAUUGAUCACACCAAUUGCCCUGCAAGAAGGUUUGCGAUUCAACAUGAGAGAAGGAGGAAUGACAGUUGGAACUGGAAUUGUCACCAAGAUCGUUGAGUAA